CGUUCUGAACGUGCUCUAUGGUUGCUGCGGGGGGCGCACCAAUGGCGUAGUCCGGCCGUAUUUUAUUUCCGGAAGUGAGGUCUUCCGCCUCGGCCGCGGCGGCUGGGUCGGGGUGGGCAGCACCGCCGCCGCCGCGGAUGGGGGAUGCUCGCAUCCGCGUGGGGCCGGCUCCAGCACAGCGAGGAGAGAAAAGAAAAGAUUAGGUGUUUGAAACGGUUAACCACCAGUAAUCCAGAAUACUCAACUAUCCAAAGUGGAAUUUCUCAAAGACACCAGAUUUAAUUAUGCCUCAUAGCUCUUAAGAGUUUGAAAUAGAUGUCUUCAGAGUACAGAAUGAUCUAGAAAAAAAAAUGGAAGACAUACAGAUCAUUGCACCCAACAUAAUGAAAACUGAAGAAGAACCCAUCCCUGGCAUUAGCCGUCAGAUUUCUGUUAGUGAAUUUUCUUGCCACUGUUGUUAUGACAUCCUGGUGAAUCCCACCACCUUGAACUGCGGACACAGUUUCUGUCGCCAUUGCCUGGCUCUAUGGUGGGUGUCCUCAAAGAAAACAGAGUGUCCGGAAUGCCGAGAGAAAUGGGAAGGUUUUCCUAAAGUAAAUAUUCUGCUCAGAGAUGCCAUUGAAAAGUUAUUUCCUGAUGCCAUCAAAUUGAGGUCAGAAGACAUUCAGCAGAACAGUGAUAUAGUCCAUAGUCUUGCAGCCUUUCACAAAUAUGGGAAUGAUCAAAUUUCUGUCACCCCAAAUGCAGGGCGAGCAAAUCCUCAAAGAGGAGGAGGAUUUUUUUCUGGAGUACUGACAGCUUUAACUGGUGUGGCAGUGGUUCUACUUGUAUAUCACUGGAGCAGUAGAGAGUCAGAGCAUGACCUACUUGUUCACAAAUCUGUUGCAAAAUGGACAGCUGAAGAAGUCAUCUUCUGGCUAGAGCAACUGGGCCCUUGGGCCUCUCUUUAUAGAGAAAGAUUUUUAUCUGAAAGAGUUAAUGGCCGAUUGCUUUUAACAUUGACAGAUGAAGACUUUUCAAAGGCUCCAUAUAACAUAGAGAAUAGUAGCCACAGAAAAGCCAUCAUAAUGGAACUGGAGCGUGUCAAAACUUUAGGAGUAAAGCCCCCACAGAAUCUUUGGGAAUACAAGGCUGUCAACCCAGGCAAGUCAUUAUUCUUGUUGUAUGCCUUGAAGAGCUCUCCAAGACUCAGUAUGUUGUAUCUGUACCUGUUUGAUUAUGCAGAAACCUUCUUACCUUUCAUCCAUACAAUAUGCCCUGUGCAAGAAAAAGAAGAUAUCAUCACAAAAUUUCUUAAUCCUGAGGCCUAUGAUCUUAGGUAUGGGAAGUUUCUGGUGAGGACCCCCUCUUCUGAUGCAGGCCAACAGUUUCUCUGA